AUGGAUGAUGACAGCAGCGCGCAGUCACUGUCAGUGCCACCGUCGAUAGCGAAAUGGAAGCUCACGAACCCCAUUGAACCAGCUCCGCAAGACGAGAGAGAUCAAAAGGACCACCUGUCAUGGAGAAUACGCGGUCGAGCUGUUGGCGACCUUGUUAGCAACACGAGAUUGAAGUUGGCGUGGCGCGAAUCCGACAAGAUACUCAUGAAGAGCUUCCUCGCAUACUACCGACAAUCCCCCUCUCAGCUCAGGUGUCUGGCAGAGAUAGACAAGAGGACUGAUGCGCAGUCUUUGGACCCGACGACAGCAACCGCGGCGGGGCAGCCGAGCUUGAGGAAGCUUGCGCAGCACAUGUGCAUCGACAUAGACGCCUUGUCGCGUGCAAAGGCGUGGCCGUGCUUCAGCAAGAAAAUGGUCUCCGCCAUGACCUACACGUUGAAGCAGGCGGUGAACAACAGGCUUCUGCGAGAGGUGUUUGACCAGGAGAGGUGGACGAGUGUUUUGGACUGGCCGAACGAAGUGAGAGGCGCGUGGAUCCAUCCGGCGUGGACUGGCGAUACUUCUACCACUCUGGAGCCGGACGAGCCGGACGAGCUCGACGAAGGCGCUCCACAGAGUGAAGAUAGGGACGCGGGCCGGAGUGACGACCAGAACACGAGCCAGAGUCAAGACCGUUUGCAAGUGGGCGUCGACACGAUGAGCAACAAUCGAACCCGACAGCAUCACCACCCCUAG